AUGGCAUUCCAAGAGACCCAAGACAAUGGAUUCUCCUACCCAGGCCUUCUCGUGUUGUCAUCUCUCUUAGUAUCGACAUAUGUAAUUGCCACUGGUAUCUAUCGCCUCUAUUUCCAUCCGCUCGCGGCGUUCCCCGGACCGUUCUGGGCCCGUUUAACCGUGUUCCCAUCAUGGUGGCAUACUCGCACUGGCGACCGACACAUUUGGUUGUACGAAUUGCAGAACAAGUAUGGUCCUGAGUUUCGUUAUCGUCCAGACAGUGUCGUGCUCAACACUCCUGCUGCUUUCAAGAAGAUCUUCGGACCGAAAGGAAAUGUCAAGAAGGGUAUCUACUACGAAGUGUGGCCACGCAAUGUGCACACAAUCAACACAUGGAGUAGCACCACCGUAAGUGUUCAUGCACGCAAGCGCCGUGUACUGAAUUACGCUUUCUCGGAAGCAGCGUUGCGAGAUGCCGAGGUCUUCCUUCACCAAAACAUUGACCGCUGGCUGGAGCUGCUGGGCCAACAAGCGCCAAAAGAUGGCGAGUGGACGACGUCUUUCAACAUGUGUGACUGGAUGAAUUGGCUUGUUUUCGAUAUUCUUGGUGACUUGUGCUUCGGUAAAAACUUCAACAUGAAGGAGCCCGGAAGCGACCUGCGGCACAUUCCAGAGGUUAUGGUCUCAUUCCUGGAGCUUCUCCACCCAGUUGCAUUCGGCCCGUUAGCCAACGCUUGGGUAUGGCUGAAGCCUCGUGGUCUUGACAAGCUUUUGGAAGUCGCCUCACCGUCAGUAGUUGUGAAGUGGCAAAACUUUGUUGAACAAUGUCUCGAGAACCGAUCCAAGGAUGAACAGGAAUUGGAGAAAAACCCCAAGCCCGAGGGUGAGGUGCGGAAGGAUUUCUUCCACUGGCUCUUCAAGGCUAUCGAUCCCGAGACCGGCGAGCGGGGCUACGAUCUCAACGAGCUAUUCGCUGAGUGCGAAUUGCUGACCAUCGCUGGUUCUGAUACGACCUCUGUUGUGCUAUCCGCGGCCUUCUUCUACCUGGCUCGGCGACCGGAAGUACAGGCUAAGAUUGCCCAAGAGGUCAAGUCUACCUUCUCAGGCUACGACGAGAUCAAGUCUGGUAGCCAGAUCAUGUCUUGCAAGUACCUCACAGCAUUCCUCCAAGAAGCUAUGCGUAUGACACCACCAGUCGCAGCAGAGCCAAGCCGUGAAGUACUCCCCGGUGGGACAACUGUUGGUGACCACUACUUUCCAGCUGGCCUUCAUGUGAGCACCGGUCUUUACUGUCUCAGCUACAACUCGAACAUCUACCCGGAGCCCUUCAAAUUCCGCCCUGAGCGCUGGAUCGUAGACGAAACCGGAAAGGAGGGAUCUUCAGCUGAGAGUGUGGCCUUGGCUGAGAAUGGAUUCUGUGCUUUCUCCUAUGGAACCCGGGGCUGCGUUGGAAAGAAUCUUGCAUGGCUCGAGAUGCGACUUGUUAUUGCCAAGACACUCUGGAUGUAUGAGAUUCAGGCUGAUCCAAAGAGCAGGCUUGGUGGGGGCGAUCGACAUGGAAAGCCUGGACGACAGACGGAGGAUCAAUACCAGAUUUACGACAUUUUUGUGUCAGGCAGGAAGGGGCCGAUGCUGCAGAUGCGAAGGAGGCAGUCUUGA